UUAAUUUUUCUACAAAAACAGAUAGACACCACACCACCGUCAUUAAUUACUUCUACGGCUAAAAAAAUUCAAUAACAAUAAAAACCAACAAAAUUACACCAAACUUCAACUACUAUCAUUCAUUAUUUAUCUAACCUUCUAAUCUUUUUUUUUUUACGUUCAAUCAAAAAACUUCAAAACCUCAAAACGACAAUGUCGUCUUCACCAAACGAAACCAAGAAGAAACCCUUUCUUCCUAACGGCACCGUUAACCGCGGUUUUCUCAAUUUCAUAGAUCGUAAAACUUCUCCUAACGCCACUCCCGUUAACGGCGUUUCAACAAAAGACGUUACGGUUAACGCUGAACAUAAUGUUUGGUUCCGUCUUUUCACUCCCACCGGCGCCACCGUCGGAGAUGAAACCAAAAUUACGUCUCUUCCGGUCAUCUUUUUCUUCCACGGCGGUGGAUUUACCUAUCUCUCUCCCGCUUCUUUUGCUUACGAUGCUGUUUGUCGUAGAUUCUGCCGGAAAAUCAAUGCCGUUGUUGUCUCCGUUAAUUACCGUCUCACACCGGAGUUUCGGUAUCCGUCGCAAUAUGAAGAUGGAGAAUCCGUGCUGAAAUUUCUCGACGACAAUAAAUCCGUUUUACCGGAAAAUGCUGACAUGUCAAAAUGUUUCAUUGCCGGAGACAGUGCUGGUGCAAAUAUAGCACAUCAUGUUGCGGUUCGGGUUUGCAAAGCGGCGCUCCAGAGAAUCCGGGUGAUCGGGUUGGUUUCGAUCCAACCGUAUUUUGGAGGGGAGGAGAGGACUGAGUCGCAGAUUCGUCUCGAAGGAUCGCCUUUGGUGUCGAUGGCGAGGACUGAUUGGUUGUGGAAGGUGUUUUUGCCGGAGGGAUCGGAUCGGGAUCAUGGCGCGGCUAAUGUUAGUGGGCCGAAUGCCGAGGAUUUGUCGGGUUUGGAUUAUCCGGACACGCUUGUUUUUGUGGGCGGGUUUGACGCGUUAAAUGAUUGGCAAAAGAGGUAUUAUGAUUGGUUGAAGAAAUGUGGUAAAAAUGCUGAGUUAAUUGAAUAUCCAACUAUGAUUCAUGCUUUUUAUGUUUUCCCUGAUUUGGCUGAGGCUACUCAAUUGAUUUUGCAAGUUAAGGAUUUCAUCAAUAGAGUUUCCAACAAUUCUAAACGAUGAUGAUGAUGAUUAGUAUUGUUGUAAUAAAUUUGUUAUGAUGAAUUAUUGGUAAAUUCACAGUUGUGUACUUGUGUGGUAAUUUAGUUUUGAUGAAUUAUUGGUAAUAGGCCAGAACCUAGAGACGUGCAAUGCUACAUUUUGAGAUUGGAAAUUAGGUAUUCGUAUUCCGGUGGUUGCAUGUUCCGCAUUCACGUAGUCAGUCAUAUUGAUAAUCAUUGGAUUGAAAUUAGAUGGUGCAAAUUUAAACUUAGUUUUUUUAUUUUAUUUUGAACAAAAUAGAAAAAAUCGGCUUGAAAUGUAUUCCGUCUGAUUUUAAUCCAACGACUAUUUAGAAAUUAUAGACCAUAUGGGAUGUUAUGAUGUUUUAGUUUAACAAAUAUAAUUAUAUAAUGUGAGUGAUCUUCAUUGCUAUGGCAUAUGUUUACUGUUUACAUUUUGGAAGUUUAUAAUUUGUCUUUAAUUUAGAAUCUGGUUUUCCAUAA